AUGGGGAAGCUUGUCAGGCUCGAGUUAUUCAAUUUCAAGUCCUACAAAGGUCACCAUGUCUUGCUGUUUGGUGAUGCCUACUUUACCUCUAUCAUCGGCCCUAAUGGAUCCGGAAAGUCGAAUUCUAUGGAUGCUAUUUCUUUCGUCCUCGGCAUAAAAUCAUCGCAUCUUCGUUCCACCAAUCUCAAGGACUUGGUCUACCGCGGACGUGUCCUCAGAACCUCCAAAGUCAACGGCGACGGUUCUGCGACCGUACCCGAACAAAAUGGCAAUGCAGAUGAAGCGCAAGAUGGAUCUGACGUCGAGGACUCGCAGACCCAAGGUGACCGAGGCGAUCCGCGAUCGGCCUGGGUAAUGGCAGUUUACGAAGACGACGCCGGUGAAGAACAGCAGUGGAAACGGUCAAUCACGAGCGGCGGUGUUAGUGAAUAUCGUAUCAACAACAAAAUCGUGACUGCGCAACAAUACAACGAAGCGUUGGAAGCGGAAAAUAUCCUCAUCAAGGCACGCAACUUUCUUGUUUUCCAGGGAGAUGUCGAAGCUAUCGCGUCACAGUCGCCAAAGGAUUUGACCCGUUUGAUUGAGCAAAUCUCUGGUAGUUUAGAAUACAAGGCUGAGUACGAGCGUCUAAAAGCGGAGCAAGAGGAAGCGGCAGAGCAGCAAACAUUUCAGCUAAAUCGUCGUCGUGGAAUCAAUUCUGAGAUCAAACAAUACCAGGAACAGAAGCGCGAAGCCGAGAAUUACGCACGGAAGGCCGAGGAACGAGACCAGGCUAUCAUCACGCACAUCCUUUGGAAGCUUUUCCAUUUCCAGCGAUUGAUCGAUGAGUCAAGUGCAGAAAUACAGAAACAUCAGGAUGAACUCAAGGAGUACCGUCGAGGAGUCGAAAAAUAUGAGAAGAAUCUCGAGGAAGCCAAGAAGGAACAUGCGAAGAUGGGCAGAGAGGUGUCAAAUGCGGAACGCUACAUUGUCAAGAAGGAGAAAGAGAUCGAGGAUGCAACGAACUCGCUGGUACCUAUUGAUGAGAAGAUCGAGAUCACUUCAGGCAAAGUGCAAAGAUAUUCCUCGAGGAUCUCCGAAAUCGCUAAAGAGCAUGAUACUCAAACCGCAAAUGUGGCCCGUCUCGAGAAGGACUUGAAGAUCGUGGAGAAAGCACAAGCGGAGUGGGAAGCUGAGUGGGCAAAAUCCAUGAGCAAAGCCGGCGGUCAACUUAGCGAAGCGGACUUCCAGGAAUACAAUAAGCUCAAAGAGGAGGUUAACAAGCGUUCUUCAACCGAGCAGCUGAAACUCGACAACCUCAGGCGCCAAAAGAAGACUGAUGCGGAAACUGUUAACGGGCUGAAGAGUAAAUUCGAGACUGCGCAAUGGCAACUGCAGAACUUGGAGGUUGAAGUCAAGACUCUAAAGACACGUAAAUCUGAUAUCGCCGACACGAUCAAAGAAACAUCGGCAGAAAUUGACCGCAAGAAGAAGGAACUGAAUGCGGUGACCUCGGAACGUCUGCGAGUGUCUCAGAUGCGUACGGAAUUGGAAGAGAAAUUGCAACUUGUCCUUAAAAAGCUCCUUGAAGCGGACGAUGGCAGGAAGCAAAGCGAGAAGGAGAUCCGAAUGAAAGAAAUGAUCUCUACCCUAAAACGCAUCUUCCCAGGCGUCAAGGGCCGUGUCAGCGAUCUUUGCCAGCCUAAGCAAAAGAAGUAUGCUGAGGCCGUCAGCACUGUCCUAGGCCGUCAUUUUGAUGCUAUUGUUGUGGACAACGAGAAGACCGCCAAGGAAUGUAUCCAGCAUCUCCGUGACCAGCGGGCGGGCCAAGCCACUUUCAUCCCCUUAGAGACCAUUCAAGUCAAGGCUUUCAACUCGAACUUCAAAGGUAUGCAUCGUGGCAUGCGCCCAGCCAUCGAGACUGUAGACUACGACAACUCUGUCUCACGUGCUAUCAGCUAUGCUUGCGGUAAUGCUAUCGUUUGUGAUGAUCUGGAUACUGCCAAGUAUCUCUGCUAUGAGAAGGGAGUGGACGCGAAGGCCGUUACGUUAGAUGGAACAGUGAUUCACAAAGGCGGUCUUAUGACUGGUGGCCGUGGUCCGGGUCAACAAAGCUCGAAGAGAUGGGACGAUUCUGAAAUGGAAAACUUGCACAAAUUGAAGGAUAAGCUGCUUGCAGAUCUCGCCGCAUUGCCUAAAGGCCAUCGCCGUGGAACAGACGAAGAGACUUUUCAAGGUGAACUAGUAGGUCUCGAACAGCGAUUGGCAUACGCUAAGGAAGAGCUGAAAGCCCUCGAACGCAACAUCAAGAGUAAAGACAGCGAACUACAAUUUGCUAAGAAACAGGUUGCGGAAGUUCAGCCCAAGCUGCGUGAGAAAGAAAAGGCGCUAAAGCAACUAGAAAACUCAAUUCAAUCUGCGGAGCAAUCGGUUGCUGGUGUUGAGGAUGAGAUCUAUUCCGAUUUUUGUGAACGCCUUGGAUACGACAGUAUUCGUGACUAUGAGGCUCUGCAGGGUUCUCUACAAGAAGAGGCGUCUCGCAAGAAGUUGGAAUUUACGACGCAAAAGAGCAGAAUCGAGAAUCAAUUGAGCUUCGAGAAACAACGUCUUCAAGCAACGGAUGACCGUAUCAGUUCUUUAAAAGCUCAAUACAAGCGAGAUGAGGCACAGAUUAAGGGAUUCAAAGCUGAGCAGGAGACAAUCCGGAGUAGGCUGGAUGAGCUGGAGGCCGAGCUGGAGAUUCUCAAAGAACGUCUCGAGGAGCAGAAAGAAUUAUACGCCGAAUCACAGGAGAAGCUGGCUGCCCAGCGACGAGAACUCCAGAAACGCUCAAAGAAUGUUGAAGACACUCUUAGAGCAGUGAAUGCACUUGAAAGUGAAAUUCAACGGAACUCUUCGAAUCGCUACGCACUUCUCCGUCGCUGCAAGCUAGAGGAUAUCGACCUGCCGCUUGCUGACGGCUCUGCACCUCUAGAUAGUCUACCAAUUGAUGAGCUUGUGCAAACUGCUGAUGAAGAUGCUAUGGAUAUCGAUGAGGAUGCAACUAUGACAGGACUAGAGGCACCAGGUGCUCAAGAUUACGGCAUAGAAGUCGACUUUGAUUCUUUGGGUGAGACAUUAAAAGAGUCCGCCGAAGAUAAGCUUGAGGAGGAAUUGCAAGAUCGCAUCCGCUCCCUCAACGCGGAAUUAGACAAGAUGGCACCCAACACUCGAGCCAUGGAAAGAUUGGAAAAUGUCGAGAACAAACUUCGCAGCACUGAGAAGGACUUUGAAGAAGCCAGGAAGCGUGCUAGAAAAGCCAAGGAGGACUUUGAAGAUGUUAUGACGAAACGAUCAGAGUUAUUCAACAAGGCAUUUUCACAUAUUUCCGAGCAGAUUGGUCCUAUCUACCGGGAGCUCACCAGAAGUGCCAACUAUCCAUUGGGAGGUCAAGCCUAUCUUGAUAUUGAAGAUUCCGAUGAACCAUAUCUCGAUGGCAUCAAGUACCAUGCCAUGCCUCCACUCAAACGUUUCCGUGACAUGGAGCACCUGUCCGGAGGAGAAAAGACCAUGGCUGCUCUCGCACUUCUCUUUGCCGUGCAUUCUUAUCAACCGUCACCAUUCUUCGUUCUUGAUGAAGUGGAUGCCGCUCUUGACAACACCAACGUCGCUCGUAUCGCCAACUACAUCCGCGACCACGCCGCUCCUGGUAUGCAGUUUAUUGUCAUCAGCUUGAAGACGGGUCUAUUCCAAUUGAGUGAAGCCCUUGUUGGUAUCUACCGAGAUCAGACCGAAAACAGCAGUAACUCGCUCACUCUGGAUCUCCGCAAAUACCAAUAGACAGAUCAUACUGCAAGCCAUUCGAUUUGCUCCAAUGUAACGUUGAAUUCACUAGCUUUCAAUAUCCGUUUCUUCUAUGUUCCCUGGUCUUCACUCCCUCGCAUCAUGUCUCAGCGGAUAAAGAUGGGUAGGAUGGAUUCCAUUUCCAAUCGAAAUGUAUUCGCAGUCGAGACAUUCCUCCAAUCUGCCGUUUUGCCGGUCUUGUCCGGAUUGUUCAACUUCGCUUCCAUUUACUGUAAAAUAGUUUUUAUCUCACUUGUGCUUCAAAUCGAUCAGUGGCACCACCAUGCCAACCAAACCG